AUGCUCUUCGAUAAUGACGAUGGAUCGUCUUCAGACGACCAAUCUGCUGAAUACGUAGACAGAAGUGGAACCAGUCAGACAGAACAAGGCGUAUUCAAGACCAAGGUGCUCUCUGAGAAUGAGUCCAAUCUAAGGCAGAAAACAGGAAGGUUGAAUACAAGCCAAAGAGAGUUUGAAACGAUGGCGUCUGCAGAGAGCAUAUAUAAUCAGUGA